AUGGAGAAAAAGACAAUUAUUGUUGAAUUUGGUUUAAGACGACAAAAAAUUUGUGUAACUGGUAAAACAAUUACAGAUUUUAAUUUAUUAAAUAUGAUUGCCAAAGCAUUUGAUAUAUUGUUUAAUGAUUAUAUUUUACAAAUAUACGAUGUUGAAGUUGAUGAUUAUAUUGAUUUGUGUUUAAAUAAUUCGUUAUUAAAUAUGGAUAAUAUCGAACAAUUUCAUCGCUUUAGAAUUGUUUCACUUUUACCCAACACACAUACAUUACUUAAAAAUAAUAUAAUUCAAAGUUUAAAUUCAACAAUUGAUAAACUUCAUAAUGCUUCAUUUGAAGUUGAAAGAAUUAAAUCGGAAAUUGAUUCGAUGAACGAAAAAUGUACAUUAUUAAAUCAGAUAAUGAAAUUGAGAGACGUAUCAGAUGGUUCUACAAAAACACAAAUAUCAAAUGAUUAUGAGAAUGAUAUUAAUAAUGAAGACAAUGAGAAUAAUGAUGAUUUACUCGAAAGUGUAUCGUGUUAUGCAGAAAGAUUACAUAAUGUGUCGGAAAUUAAAUCUAAUCCAAUUAUUCUACCAUUAAAACCAAAAAUUAAAAUGAAUGUUUCUCAAACUAGAAUAAUUCCAUGUAAAUAUGCAGCAAGAGGUUCGUGUAUGGCUGGUGAUAUGUGCGAAUAUUUACAUGAUGCUAUUACCGUACGCGAGUUUUCGAGAAAACUCGGUUUUUUCAUUGUGUCAUAUUACGACCCUCUUAAAUUUCAUCCGAUGGAGUCAAAAAUUAUACCACAAGUACUCAAGAGCAAUAAAGCACUUGAUAAUGUACAUGUAGUAGUUCGACAUAGAACAGGAAUGUCAAAAUGUUUGAAACAAAGUGAUACAUUAUGGCUACGAUUUGAUGUGAAUCAAAGUGGAAUUUAUUCCCUUUCACCUACAAAGUCUCUUUUACAAGUGAAACUUGGGGAAAAUGUCGACGAUGUUCAGACACGUAACACAAUAGCGAUUGUUCACAAUGAAAAACUUUACCACGUUGAAACAAAAUAUUUUUUUCUGUCUAAACCAUGUGAUGACGACACAAUUAUACCAUUAAAAACUCGAGUACUAGUUCGAACAAUUGAUGAACAACAAAAAAUUGACUUAUCAUUUGGUUUUAUUUGUGAAAUUCCGACCCAGUAUAAUCAUUACCGCCAUCUGAUUAUUUUUGAUAAUUUAUCUGCCAAAUACCACCAAAACAUGCAUGAAAUUUAUCUUUCACUUUCGGGAGAUUUUUCAUGUCAUUCACCGCAUCUUAACUUCUGUUCAAGAAUAUUUUUUGAACAAUAUUUUAAUUAUCUAUCUUCAUUUCCUAAAAUAUCACCAACAAUUAAUCUACCUAUCAAUACUAAUAUUCGUGUUAAACAUGCUGGCAACUAUCAUAAUGCUCGUAUAAUAGAAAGAGAUUGUUCAAUGAUUAGAGUGAAAUUUAUUGAACGAAAAUCACAGUCGGAAAUAUGGAUUUAUUCUGGAUCGAUAUCAAUUGAACAAAUUCAACAACGAUUCUAUUCAAAUUAUCAACAAGACGUAUUUAAACAAUCUUCUAGUCAAACAACAACAUUAGUCACAAAGAAACUUGCCGUUGCAAAUCAUUGUAUAUCUAGUCCAGUUACUUCAUCAUUGAUUCGUCAACAAAUCGGUUUAUCAUCGACAACAUCUAUUUUAUCAUACAGUAAAAACAGACCGUCUACAAUACACUCUAUUAAUUCUAAUUUAUCAACAGCUCUUUGUCCUAAAUCUAGUUUAUCUAAUAGAAAACGAAAACUAAACGAAACUAUUGAAAAACGAUGUGUCAGAACAACAACAACAUCGUCGUCAUUGUCAUUAUUUACCAGACAUGUAUGCUCUAAUUUAUGCGUGGCGAAUGCGGAAAAACAUUUUGAUCCAUCAAACCUACAUUCAUUUACUUUACCAAUACAAUGUGGAUGGAAAUUUCUUAAAAUAAUCAUUCCUUAUGGUCAAAAAGAACGAGAAAAGAAAUAUGUACGAAAAAAUGUAAAUAAAAAUUUUAUAUUUCGUUCGCCAUGUGGUUUAUCAUUUUUUCAAUUGAGUGAAGUUGAACAUUAUUUAUGUAAAACAAAAUCAAAAUUAUCUAUUAAAUAUUUUAUCGAUGAUAAAUUAACGAGAUUAAGUUAUUGUUUUCAGUAUGAUAAAUCAUUUAUUCGAGAAAAAGAUUUAUCUAAUGGCAUUGAACGAGUAAAAAUAAGUGUCUAUAAUGAUAUUGAUCGAAAACGACCAACACCAUUUGAAUAUGGUAGAGAUCGUCGCAUAGGCAAUAGAAAAAUACCACUUGUGAUUAACAGUGAUGAUUUGACAUGUUGUAAUUGUGUAGACAAUUGUUCGGAUCGUUCAAAAUGUGCAUGUCAUCUAAAAACAUUGGAAAAGGCAUUGUUUCAUAAAGAUAAACAAGUGAAACAAUGGAAAAAGCAUGGUUCAUCAAAAGAAUGGAUUUUAAAUCAUCUUGGUUAUGUACAUCAAAGGUUACAUCGAGUUGUAACAUCGGGUAUUUAUGAAUGUAAUAGCCGAUGUAAAUGUCAUCAACAUCAUUGCACAAAUCGUCUUGUACAAAAUGAAUUAUUUUUACAAUUACAAUUGUUUAAUUCGAUUGAUAAAGGAUGGGGCAUUCGAACAUUGUAUGAUAUACCUCGAGGAACAUUUAUCAAUUAUUAUAGUGGUGAACUCUAUAGUAACAGAGAAGCAAAUGAACGUGAUUUUAGAUAUCAAGCUGAUCUGGAUUUUUAUAAACAAUUCGAUAAUAAUAUCACAACUGACGAAGACCAAAGUGAUAGCGAUAAUGACAAUCAACGAAAAUCUUAUAAACGACGAUUUCCAUUAGCACAAGAGGAAAGAUCCUCCGUUACUGAUGGCGACGAUGAUGAUGUUUAUACAGUUGAUGCAAAACAGUAUGGUUGUCUCUCAAGAUUUUAUAAUCACAGUUGUUCACCAAAUGUAAUGGUUCAAAAUGUUUUUAUUGAGACACACGAUAUUCGUUUUCCAUGGAUUGCUCUCUUUGCAAAAGAUAAUAUCAGAGCCGGUGAAGAAAUAAAAAGAGGACAGUUUGAUCAACAACCACAAAGACAUAAUUCAUUUACAACAACUGGAACAUUAUCAAAAACGAAAAAAUUUGUAUCAUCAUCUACGUCACUCUCAUCAUCACAGUCAACAUCAGACGAAAAUGAAUCGACGUCAGUACAGUCAAAUUUUACAACAAAAACAAGAUCGAAUAAUAUACCUGAGACAGUUCGAAAAAAAUCGACAACAAUGCCAACAUCAUUUGGAUUAAAACAAAAUGAUUUAUUUUCAAUUAAUUUAAAUAAUCAUAGCAAUGAUAAUAACAAUAAUCACAUCGUAUCAACAUUUACGUCUAAUAAUAAUAAUAAUACUAAAAAUUCGACAAAAUCAAAGCUUAUCUAUCGCAUGAUGUCAUUACGUCGUUCAUCGAAUAAACAAUUACCAAUUAUUUCAGCACCAUUUUCAACUAUUAACACAUAUUCAUCACCAUUUCCUCAUUCACAAAUUCAAUCAUCUUCAACACCACAACCAUCUUCAUCCAUUUCAUCUACAUCAUCUGUAAGAUCAGCUAUAUAUCAUGUUCGAACGUUUGAUUUAACUCGAGAUAAACAUUUAAGACAUUAUCCAUGUACAAUACAUUUUCUCGAUGAUACAGAACGAACGUUUUAUAUUGACCGUCAUUGUAAAGGAAUAGAUUUGUUAAAUGAAGUAUAUAACUAUCUUGAUUUACCAGAACGAAAAUAUUUUGGUUUAUUGAUUGAAGAUUUGACACAAGAUACAUCGUAUCGUUGGCUUGAUUCAUUGAAAACAUUAAAAAAACAAUUUAAUACAACAAGUCCAUAUCAUUUAUAUUUUAAAAUAAGAUUUUUUGUAUUAGAUCCUGUCAAACUUGAAGAAGAAUUUACAAGGUAUUUAUAUGUAUUACAAAUAAAGAAGGAAAUUUUAAGCGGAAAAUUAUGGUGUGUACGACCAAAAGCAUCACUUUUAGCCAGUUAUCUUGUACAAAGUGAGCUUGGUGAUUAUGAUGCAAGUCAACAUCAUCCGGGCUAUGUAUCAGACUUUCGUUUUAUACCGUUUCAAAAUACAGAAUUUGAACAUGACACAGAAGAAUAUCAUAAAAAACAUAUUGGGUUUAAUCCGGCUGAAGCCGAAUUAAACUAUUUGAAAGUUGUUAGUUCAUUAGACAUGUACGGUGUUGAAUUGCAUAAAGUGUGUGUCAAAGUACCAAACACAUCAGAUGUGAAUACAGUUGAACUCUAUGUGGGUGUUUCAGCUGUUGGUUUGUCCGUAUUUCAAAAUUCAACAAAAUUAAACACAUUUUCAUGGGAUCGUAUUACAAAAAUUUCAUUUAAAAGGCGAACAUUCUACAUACAAUUAGUCAAAAAUCUUAAUUCACAAGAAGGAAAUUCUCUAGUAUUUACGUUAAGAAGUUAUCGAUCAAAUAAAUAUUUAUGGAUUUCAUGUGUUGAACAUCAUAAAUUUUUUCGUUUAAAUACUCUACCGUCGUCACCAAGAAGAUUUUUUCCGUUUGCAAAUAAAUUUAGACACACUAAUGCCGGUGAUUCGAAUAGUAUCUCAUUUGUAGACGGAAAGAAACGAAUUGAAACAACUCAGAAAAAAUUUGAACGAGUAUCAAGUCGUAGAAGUUUACGUGCUGCCCAUACAGGUUUAUCAUCAACAUUACCAGUAACCUCUACAACUUCGACCUCAUUGACAUCUCAGAAUACGAAAAAUAAUGAAACAAUUGUAUUUCUAUCGUCAUCAUCGAUUAGUCUGCAACAGUCUAAUAAUACUGAUAAUCAACCACCUCCCAAGCCACCACGUCAACUUAUUCUACAGGUGAAAAAUACUAAACAUCCUAUCAAUCAUAUAACAUCAAAUGAGACAAACACAGUCCUCGAAGCAAAUGAUUAUAAACCAAAGAAUGCUACACUGCCUCGUAACAGUGUUCAUCCUUCGCAUUUAAUACAAUCGAGUGAAAAUAAAUUAACGACUAAUUUAAAUGGAACUAUUGGUUCAUCAAAUACAUUAACAAUCAAAAAGUUUAAAUCUAUUCAACAACCAUUAGAAAAUGAUCUUGUUUUAAUUAAACUUAUUGCUGAUAAUAAUGAACGAUAUGGUUUUAACAUAAAGGGUGGUGCUGAUCAAAUAAAUCCUGUUAUUGUAUCACGUGUUGCUUUAAAUAGUCCGGCUACAAAUUCUGUGCCACCACUGAAUGAAGGAGAUCAAAUAUUAAGCAUUAAUAAUAUUGAUAUAUCAAACCACACAUACGAACAAAUUGUAAAUAUGAUUCGACAAUCUCGUAAAAAGUCAAAUGGUGAAUUGAUAUUAAUUGUACGACCAAAUAAAUUUAUUACAUCUUCUCAAUUAAAUCAUGAUAAUCAAGAUAUUUAUGAUAAUGAGUUAGUAUCAUUUCAUGAUUAUGUACGUUUGGACACAUUAGAAGAGUCGUUACAAUGUUUAAAAAAUGAUUUAGCUAAUGGACGUUUAAUUGAACAAUAUGAGACUUUACAAAGGCGUAGAAUUGGAUUUACAUUUGAUGUUAGUACGUCAAGUGAAAAUUUUCAUAAAAAUCGUUAUAAAGACGUUCUACCGUACGAUCAAACUCGUGUCAUACUUAAACAUUGCAACAGCGCUGAUUAUAUCAAUGCAAGUUUUAUAAAUAUACCGAUUACAACAACUGAUGUCGUUAAUCGAUAUAUAGCAGCUCAAGGUCCAUUGUCAAGUACAUGUGAUACAUUUUGGAAAAUGAUUUGGCAAGAAAAUUGUUCAUUACUAGUUAUGUUGACAACAUUAUAUGAAAAUGGAUGUAUAAAAUGUCACCAAUAUUGGCCAAAUAUUAAUGAAAUUUUUGAUUAUGGAACAUUUACAAUUAAAUGUCGUCGAGAAAAAAAAGAAAAUUUAUUAUUGUACAGAGAAUUUUUGUUUACACAUAAAGAAUUCAAUGAAGAACGUACAAUAUUUCAAAUACAAUUUGAAACAUGGGCUGAUCACGGUAUUCCAUCAGAUUAUUCAACAUUUAUUGAUUUAGUAUUUCAAAUACGUGAUCAUCGACAAAACAAACACGUACCAAUUUUAGUUCAUUGUAGUGCCGGUAUUGGAAGAACAGGCGUUUUAAUUUUAAUGGAAACAGCAUUAUGCUUUAUUGAGAAUGAUCAACCAAUAUUUCCAAUUGAUGUUGUUAAACAAAUGAGAGAUCAACGAAUGGGAAUGAUUCAAACUACUAGUCAAUUUCAAUUUGUUUGUAAUGCUGUAUUGUACGCAUACGAAAAUGGACUUGUAAGCGUCUGUAAUUGA